AUGAGUGAAAAGAAAACACCUAGUGAAGAAAUUUUAAACGAAAAGUGGGAUCUAUGUAUAUCCAACUUACUUGUCAAAGCCGGUAUCGGCCUCAGUGUCGGAAUCGUCAUAUCAGCACUAGCAUUUAAAAAAAAAUCUUGGCCUAUUGCAAUGUCAACCGGUUUUGGUGUUGGAGUUGCCUACUCUGAAUGUCAAAGGAAAUUUAAUCCUAUAGAUAUACCUGGUGUCAAAAUUAUUAAGCCACCCAGUUCAUCUACAUAA